AUGACUGCGGAAGUAUUGAUGCCGAUAUUUGGUCUAUUCGUGCUCUUUAUCGUAUCAAUAAGAGCAGAACAAUGUUUACCAAGCUCAUUGCACAAGAACACGUCGUCCCCAGCGACAAAAGACUACGCAGAAUGCAACGCUUGGAGUAAGGACACCUGUUGUACGGCUGACUUUACCGAAAAACUAAACAAGACACGAACCAGAGAGCUAUAUGGUUUUCAUUGGGGCCAUUGUAAAAACAUUUCCAAGGUAGGGCGCAUGUUUACUGUUUAGCUCGAUGUUAUACAGGCGCUGACUUGCACCACGGCUUGCACACGCGUCAACAUUACGGCCAUGUAUAUUAUAUUCGAGCGAAAAUCAUCAGGGUGACCCUAUCAGGGGGGUUACCCUAGCAAGCGGGUCAGAUAAUAGCAAGCCUUUACAUGAGGUAGGAUAACAUUAAUAUUGCCCGAUAGGGUAACCCUACCUAUGCGUGGUCGCUAAGCCGUCUGUAGUAGAAAAUUGGCGCCGAAACGAAAGUGAUCAGCGGCAAGUUGUGUAAUCCAUUUCUUGGGCCUUUGCAUGCCCCAUUCGAACCCGUUUCGAUGUUGUGAUCUGUUACUUUCAGCGUUCUCGACGUCUCGUCCAAAGGCAAAGCCCCGUUCUUGUCCCUUUUAGGGACCGUUCAUUAUUUAUACUCGGGGUUGGUACCGAAGAGAUAUGAAUGAGUUUGAGUGUGACUGUGAGUGAGCUUUUGGAAUUUAGGCAACUUGAUUUCUGUCACCAUAAUCGUGUGUGUUUAUAAAGUACAGUGACACAUGGGUUGGGUAAACAUUAUUUUGAUCAUUGUUGAGGUUGGGUAAAUAAAAAAUUUACAGUGUUUUUCGCUUCUCUUCUGUACCAACCCCAGGGUAUAAAUAAUGAACGGUCCCUUAUUUUUCUGGUGUCGUUUAAAACAUUCGCCAGGUUGAGAUGUAUAAUCUUGCGACGCCAUUCCCAUCCUUGUUUGUCCAGCAGUCACAGUCGCUUGCUAGGUAACCCUACCUGACGCGUUUACGUGGCUUAUGUCAACAAAAAGAUAGCCCCGCUGCUAAGAUUAUCCUACUAUCUGUUUGAUAGUAUCCCUCUACCACCAGGGCAAUCCUAUAGCGCAUGUAAACGCAACCUAUAAAACACAUUUGACUAGAUAACCCUCCUGAUAGGGUCACGAUACCUCCAUGCAAACAGGUCCCGGCCUAAUUCCAAGAUCACUAGAAAAACACCACAAACAUUUAGUCAACGACAAAAUUCUUCGCGCGAUAUUGUGUCUGCGAAAUAUGGAUGAUUGCACACGAGUGAUUCUAUUGAAUUUGCACACUUUCUUCGCUUUCGCAGCUUUGAGUAGAACUGACUUCUGCUUGCUGGCGACGCGAAAUCUUUUCUCGCGAAGCCGAAUUUAUCUUUACUGCCCAUGUACGCUUUCAUUUCGUACGAAAUGUUCGCAUUUCGGUUGCAGUAUUGUAACGAGUCGAGUCAUUGACUCGGACUCGAGUCGCAAUUUUCUGCGACUCGACUACGAAAAAUAACUCGACUCGAGCCAACAGCCCCAAAUGACUCGACUCAGACUCGACUUGUUGAUUUCUGCCGUAAAUGACUCGAGUCAAUUCAGCUACUACUUCAUUCUCGUACCCAGAGCCCUUCUUACGCGCGGUGCGACGAGGGGCUCUGGCCAAAUCGAUAUCCGAACUGGCAUCUGAUUGGCUAGUUCUAAUACCGGAUAUUGUUUUCUUACCAUGUUUUCAUGGUAUCCGGUUUUGGAUUUGGCCAGAGCCCCUCGUCGCGCUCGGUCGAACGCGCGUAAGAAGAGCUCUGGGUACGAGAAUGCUACUACUUGUUCAAGAUAAAUCCAUAGAAAAUAUUGUAGUUGAAUAGGUUGGAAAACCUGAAACCAUACCUGAAAGGGCUUGAAGAAAUAAAAAGUAAUUCUCGAUGCAGAUAGGCAUGUUUCCACCUGUAGGGGAAAUUUUUAAGGCAUUUUUGUUCACCUUUUUGUUCUCCAUACAAUUCGUGUAGACAUUGUCAUUGACUCGACUCGAGCCAUUUACGCGACUGAACUCGUGACUCGACCUUUGGGUGACUCGUUACAACACUUGCCUGUUGGCGUGUUGGGCUGUUUUAAUCAACUUUUUAUUAUAGUUUAAUUAUUUUGACGGUAUACAAAAUAGUUACGAGGUACUGUAAGAUCAUCUCUUAUUGAUUCAAUAUUAUUACAUGAGGAAAAUUUCAUCAUAUUGUUCUUGGUAUGAAAGACAUUACCCUCUGUUUGAAACAAAAUAUCUAUGCAUUGAACGUUCUACCAUCUUGGCAGGAUAUGUGUGUACAUCGUUGGAUAAAGGUGACGUCACAACCGUGCUAGAAUUAUUUUGUGUCUUGGGCAAUUCUCGGGUCACUGUAAUGCUAUUAAUUGCUAUGUUUCUAAUACUGCCUAUUUUAAAUUAAACCACCAGCUAUGUUUUACGCCCGUAUUCUAAAAGCUCACUCACACUCAAUGAGUUCAAUUUGAGCUUCUCUCGAGUGUCAUUGCUGAUUUUGAAUAGUUGGAGGCGGGCUAGUGUCACACCUUACUUUGUGACUACUCAAUGAGCUUUUAGAAUACGGGCGUUAGCAUUCGACUGAUGUUAUUUUCUAGUUUUAAAAUGUUGUGGCGUCAUUUGAUAAGAUCUAAUUAUAAUUAAACAUGAUGGUGGAUAUCAGAAUGUUUUCGUUCCUAAUAUACCAACACAGUCUCCGGGAUAAAUAGCAUCAAUUGUCAAACAUGCACAAAUUGAUGAUAAUCAUCUAUUUCGGGGAAACUCUAAUCCUAAUCCUGACCUCUAGGCUCUAACCCUAAUCUAAUAUUAACCUAACCCUAAUCUAAUAAUAAUUUGACAGACUGACACCACCAUCUAAACUCGACGACCUUCAUUUACAGGCCAUCUACUUCUUGGGGGAAAAUUCACCACCACCCCACCGGUCUGUCUCUCCUAGCACUUUAUGACCGUCCCCUUAUUCUUUCUCGUGCAGAAAUGUGAACAAUUUCUAAUUGACGAGGAAUGUUUCUAUUCAUGUGAACCUCGUCUAAUUCGAUGGCAUCACACCAAUGCUCCUGUGAAUCCUUCAGUAAAAGGCGUCCCAAUCUGCGGUAAUUAUUGCGACGACUGGUACGAAGCUUGCAAAGACGAUGAAACUUGUGUGAAAGACUGGCAAAUUGGUUUUGAUUAUACGAACACGACGUACACGUGCCCAAAGGACGCUACAUGUAGUACUUUUAAGCAGGUGAGAUUAUGGUUGCAGUCGAGUCUGUUCUGCCCAUGCGCAUAACUAAAGGACUAAAAUGGAACACCGUGGUCAAACGACCGCGCGUAUUCACUGCUUGCGCAGGGUCCCCACGGUCCUUAAAAAUCCUGCAAAGUCAUUGAAUUUGUUAAAAAAAAAUCCAGGCCUGGAAAGUCCUUGGAAACUGAUAAGGUCCUUGAAAGUCCUGGAAUUUUUUUCGAGUAGGCUGGAAAUAGUUGAAGAAUUAUUACCAGCCCAAGGAUUAUUGCCCAAAUGUUUAUUCUCUCCAAUUUCAAUUAAAAUUAUGUAUAACAAUUGUCCAAAUGUUGUUUCGAUGUCAUUUUUUUUCUAAUUGCAUUCCUCUCCUUAAGUUUAAGGAUAAAAGUUGGAUGAUUUUCAAAGAUUUUUCCAGUUGCCAGGUCCUUGAAUAUACUGAAAAAGGUCCUAGCUUGAAAGUUCUGGAAAAGUCCUUGAAUUUCAUCUUCACUAAAAGGUGGGAACCCUGGCUUGGAUUCAAAAGACUCGAAAUAGUGUUGUCAGUAUUGUCUUCACAAAUCCCUUGCAAAACGUUUAAAUAAUUACGAAUGCGUGCUUACACUCAGUAUAACUUUGAAAAGUAAUCCGUUUUUAUCGAUGUUUGAAGCGUUGUCUGAUAGAUUUAAUUGUUCAUUUAUAACCUGGUUUCCAUAUGGUCGUAAAGAUUGAGUCACGAUCUCCCUCAUCAGCCGAAAUACCUAACAGAAAUACAUAGAGAAUACUUACGAUUUAUAUGUGGUUUACUGCAGGUAUAAAUUAUUCAACUGGCCGUUGAGAAAGACGUGACUCUAUUUCCACGACCAUUACGACCAUAUGGAAACCAGGCUUUGGGAACCUAUUAUGCAGGACUUCCCUGCCACUUAUGGGAAAAUUUGUAAAUAAAUUUAAAAAAAUAUUUUCUCCACUUCAGAUGUAUGGCAGUGGCAAGGAGCUGUGCAACACAAUGUGGGGACAAUCGUUUCUCUAUGUUGACCCAAAAUGCCCAUGUAGCAGAAUGGAUGGACCAAUACCUGGCAACGUAAACGAGACAUCUACAUGUUCUGCAAGUUCAAGGAUGACUUUGUUUUCCGCGUUUUCCUUACUUAUUUUGAUCGGCAUAAACCUGUGUUAA